AUGACGACGUCGGGGUAUGACAUCAGAGAUAUACUGGAAGAAGCACAAGUCCGAUGGCUAAAGGCAGGAGAGGUGCUUUUCAUACUGCAGAAUUAUGAUGAAAAGCAGCUCAGCCGUGAGGCCCCUCAACAGCCACCAAGUGGCUCUUUGUUUCUCUUUGACAGGAAAGUCCUGAGGUUUUUCCGUAAAGAUGGUCAUAGUUGGAGGAGAAAGAAAGACGGAAAAGCCAUUGGUGAAGCACAUGAACGUCUAAAAGUUGGAAAUGUUGAAGUUUUGAAUUGUUACUAUGCACAUGGUGAAGAGAAUCCAAAUUUCCAGAGGCGUAGCUAUUGGAUGUUAAAUUCGGCAAAGGAGCAUAUUGUGCUUGUUCAUUACAGAGAUACAAGUCAGACAACCCCGGGUAGAAAUAUUGCGGGACCCCUUUCAGCAUUUUCUCCAGGAACUUCUUCAAAUCUUGUUCAAAGUUCCAACUCUUAUGCUAGUCGGCUAACAUCCAAUGAAACUAAUGGACAUUAUUAUGAGAACACCUCUAGUCCAAGUUGCAUAGAAGCUUUGAAAAGAAUUGAGGAACAGUUAAGUUUGGAUGAGGGCCAUUUGGAAGAAAUUGAUGCUUUAUACAAUGACAAUGAGAAUUCAAAUGAUUUUGGGCUGACAGUGGAUGAACAAAGUUAUAAUAAUAUAUUUCAAGGGUACCAAGCAUCCAUGUUCCUGCCUCAUUCACUUGAAGAUCUAAAAUUUUCUUCAAAUAAGUAUGGAAGUGAUUCCGAUUACUCAACAAUGUUUGACCAAGAACAUAGUCAAACUCCUCCUGGACCAGAUUCAAGUUUGACCAUUGCACAAAAGCAGAAAUUUACUAUUCGUGAGAUAUCCCCAGAAUGGGGCUAUGCAAAUGAGUCAACCAAGGUAUUCUUUAUUGGGACAUUUACAUGUGAUUCAUGGACUUGUAUGUUUGGUGAUACUGAAGUUCCUGUCCAGAUUAUUCAAGAGGGAGUCAUUUGUUGCCAGGCUCCCCCUUGUUUGCUGCCUGGAAAAGUUAUUGUUUCUAUUACUUCAAACAAUCAAGAGCCUCAUAGUGAGAUCAAAGAGUUUGAAUAUCGUGAUAAGCCAAGUAGUUAUAAACAUAAAUCAUCAGAAACAGAAUCACAUAAGAGCUUGGAAGAAUUACUGUUACUAGUCAGACUUGUGCAAAUGCUACAAUUUGAUCAAAAAGGAGAAAGAACAGAAACUGAGGAUUCAUGGAGUCAACUCAUUGAGGCCCUUUUAGAUGGAAGUUUGGCAUCAUCUAAUGCAAUGGAAUGGAUCCUGGAACAACUUCUAAAAGACAAGUUGCACCAAUGGCUUUCUUCCAGAUUGAAGAAUAACAGUGCUCUUUCCAAAAGAGAACAAGGAAUGAUACACAUGGUUUCUGGAUUGGGCUUCUGUUGGGCCUUGAGCCCAAUACUUAACUCCGGUGUAAGCAUAAAUUUUCGCGACAUUAAUGGCUGGACUGCUCUUCAUUGGGCUGCACGUUUCGGAAGGGAAAAAAUGGUGGCUGAACUCCUUGCUUGUGGUGCAUAUGCUGGAGCAAUUACAGAUCCAAGUAAGCAAGAUCCAACAGGGAAAACCCCGGCAUCAAUAGCUUCUGCAUGUGGACACAAGGGGCUUGCGGGUUACCUUUCAGAGAUGACAUUGACUGGUCAUCUUACAUCUCUCAAACUACAAGAAACUGAAGUUUCUAGAACUUGUGAUGACGUGGAAGCAGAAAGAACAGUAAACAGUCUUGGUGUACAUGAUGAUCAUAUUUAUCUUAAAGACACGUUAAGUGCUGUUAGGAAUGCAACUCAAGCUGCAGCACAUAUACAGUCUGCUUUCAGGGCACAUUCUUUUAGGAGAAGGCAACAGAAGGAAUCUGAGGGAAGUGAAGAUGAAUAUGGUUUGCUUUCAAGUGACAUUGAGGGUCUUUCAAAGGGGUCAAAGUUGACUUUUCGAAAUGCACAUGAUCACCAUGCUGCCUUGUCGAUACAGAAGAAAUACCGGGGGUGGAAAGGUCGAAAGGAUUUCGUUUCAUUUCGCCAGAAAAUAGUCAAAAUACAGGCUCUUGUGAGAGGUCAUCAGGUGAGGAAAAGCUAUAAGGUUAUAUGUUGGGCGGUGGGUAUAGUUGAGAAAGUUAUUCUAAGGUGGAGGCGAAAAGGAGCUGGUCUGCGAGGUUUUCGCCAGGUGGGGUCUGUUGAAGAAGAUGAAGAUGAAGAUGAAGAUGAAGAUGAAGAUGUUGUGAAGGCAUUUCGGAAGGAAAAAGUGGAUGUUGCUAUUGGAGAAGCUGUGGCAAGGGUACUGGCCAUGGUGGACUCCCAACCAGCACGACAGCAGUAUCACCGCAUGCUUCAAAACCAUAGACAAGCUAUGGCCGAGCACCGGGGUUUUGGAGGUGGAGUAGCUAGUAUGGAAAUAGAUGACGUGUAUUAGACUGUUAGUUAUAUAGACAUGUAGAAGAAAUAAUUAUCAAGGUGUUAACUAUCAAGUGCUCAUGUAACCAAAUGGAGGUGUGUGUA